AUGGACCCCGCCCCCUGGACCACACCCCGCCAGGCCCUGCCCCUGAUCAACACCCCAACAGGCCACGCCCCUUUAUCCACACCCCGACAGGUCACGCCCCCUUAUCCACACCCCGCCCCCGAUCAACACCCCAACAGGCCACGCCCCCUGAUCAACACCCCAACAGGCCACGCCCCCUUAUCCACACCCCGCCCCCGAUCAACACCCCAACAGGCCACGCCCCCUGAUCAACACCCCGACAGGUCACGCCCCCUUAUCCACACCCCGCCCCUGAUCAACACCCCAACAGGCCACGCCCCCUUAUCCACACCCCCGCCCCCUGAUCAACACCCCAACCGGCCACGCCCCCUUAUCCACACCCCGACAGGCCACGCCCCCUGGUCCACGCCCCGCCAGGCCCCGCCCCCUCCCUGUAGCAGUAGAGGUGGUCUUUGCUGCUGCAGACCAGGUCCAGAGGAAAACCUGUUCCUCUCCUGCUGCGUUCACGUGUCGUCGGGAAAGUCGAUCGCUCUCUCAGGUUUCUGGUUGGAGAGUCACGCCGCCGUGUUGCCUCCUGACACCUUACGGGUGACGCCGGGAGACGACGCCACGCUGCGCUGCCCCCUGCUGGCCGGCCCCGCCCCCGCCUAUAACCCCGCCCACACCCCCGGCUCCGGCCCCGCCCCCGUCCUGGUCAGCUGGUACCGGCAGCGGGCGGGCCGCGGCCCCGGUCUCAUCCUCAGCUUCCGACUGGCCAACGUCUCCGCGGCGAGGUACGGCGUCGACUUCGGCCCCGACAAGGUGAGGGGCGGAGCCAACGGCUCGCUGCUGCUGCGCGGCUCGCAGCAGAGCGACGCGGCGGUGUACUACUGCGGCCUGAGCGGCGAGGAGCCAGAGAAGAAGAAACAGCAGGACGCAAGAAGAGCUGCGAGCACAGACUGAGGGUCAGAGGUCACCGAUCAGGGCGCUGGGGGUCGAUCAGCUGAUCAC